UCUGACCAAUCACUCAAAAUCAAACAACAAAAUAAAUUAUAAACAAGAAGCAAGUGGAAGUGAAUAAUAGUGAACACGAAAUUAAGAAAAUAUCGUCUUUUUUUUAUCUUCUGUUUAUAUUAUUUAAAUUUAUAAGUUCUAUAAUUUCAUAGGUGUAAUGCAAAACAAUUUGCAGCAACAAAAUACAAUGGUCAACCAAAUGCCAGUUGGGCAUUUGCAACAGAACAAUGGGGUGGUUGGAAAUUCCAUGCUGCAUGAAAACCAAAUGGUACAGCAGAAUAUGGUAGAACCUCAGCAAGUGCAAGGUGUUCAAACUAUUCAUCAGACUCCUGUGCCACAGCAAAAUCAUACUCCAAACUCAAUCAUGAUGCCCAAAACCUCACAGCACAUAAGUUCUAAUAAUACCACUGCAAGUGUGGCGGAUGCACCACAAGUCGUUACUAAGCAAAGAUUACAGGAUUUAGUGAAAGAGAUAGAUUCAACAUUAAAUCUUGAAGAUGAAGUUGAAGAGAUUUUGUUGUCAUAUGUUGAUGAGUUUGUCGAUAGAUGUCUAAAUGGAGCUGCACUAAUUGCCAAGAAUAGACAUUGCAACAGUAUUGAGGUUAAAGAUGUCCAACAAUUUUUAAAUCGCAACUACAAUAUGUGGACCCCAGGAUUUGGAACAGAUGAGUUAAAACCUUAUAAGAGAAGUUUAACUACAGAAGCUCACAAACAGAGAACUGCACUGAUAAGAAAAACCCUAAAAAAAUAUUAACUUUUGUAGGUAAAUUUUCUUGAAAACUAUAUUUGUAUAUAAUCUUCUUUUAAGUCAAAUAAUAUUAGCUAUAGUGCGUUACUUUUUAUUUUCCAUGUGUUUUUUUAUAUGUUUAUUGGUUGAAUAAUGUCUGUUUAAGAUUUCAUCAAUUUAUCUCAUUUUAAACUAGAGUUAUUUUUUUUUUUUUAAUAAUUUUGAAAUAACAAUUAUAAUACAAAAAAAAAUUACUGAGAUCGAACAUAAUUAAAGUAUUGUUAAAUCUAAA